AUGGACGAGGUGGGUCGCGUGUUCUUGGUGAGGAAGACGGUGCUGCAGAUGCUGCAGGAUAGGGGCUACAUCGUGCCGCAGUCCGAUCUCGACAUGGAUCGCGAUUCGUUCCGAUCGAAAUUCAUGGGCGAAUCGGCCCUCAAUCGCGAGGCGCUCACGCUUCUCAUGCAGAAGAAGGACGACCCGACGGAUCAAAUCUUCGUCUUCUGGCCCGAGGAUCUGAAGGUGGGCGUCCGCCCGGUGAAGAAGUACUGCGAUCGCAUGAAGGAGGAGGCCGUCUUCCGUGCCAUCGUCAUCAUCCAGCAGACUCUCACCGCCUUUGCCAAGCAAGUCUUCGCCGAAAUGGCCCCGCGCUACACGAUCGAACAUUUCCAAGAGGCCGAGCUCCUCGUGAACAUCACCGAACACAUCCUCGUCCCCAAGCACAAACUCCUCACCGAACUGGAGAAGCAGACCCUUCUGGCCAAGUACAAGCUCGAGGAUUCGCAGCUCCCACGAAUUCAGGUGAACGAUCCCGUCGCGCGCUACUACGGGCUCCAGAAGGGCCAGGUGGUGAAGAUCAUCCGACCCUCCGAGACUGCAGGCCGCUACGUGACCUACCGGCUCGUUGUGUAA